AUGGCGCCGACCCGGGCCCCGCGCCUCGCCGGCGGGCAGGGGGAGACCCAGUCGGGGCGAGGGAGGCCGGGCGCCGUGAGCUUCGCGGACGUGGCCGUGUACUUCUCCCCCGAGGAGUGGGGCUGUCUGCGGCCCGCGCAGAGGGCCCUGUACCGGGACGUGAUGCGGGAGACCUACGGCCACCUGGGCGCGCUCGGAUUCGCAGGCCCCAAACCGGCCCUCAUCUCCUGGCUGGAGAGAAAGAAGGAGGUGUGGAGCCCGGAGGCCGAGGAUCCCGAGGAGGGGGCCAGGCACCCAGGAUCUGGGCUAGGUGAGGAAGGUGGAGCUGAGGCGGACUGCAGGCUCUCAUGGGAGCGAGCCAGGGCAGGUGGUGACUGCGGCUUUAUAUACACUGACCUGCAGUCCAUUCCGGUGCCUGGAGAAAUCUCCGUCCAUGCUGAAAUGCCCGCAUUUAGGGCCUUUAACACAGCAGAAAGCAAGAGAAAGAACGAACCCAGCAGCAAAAUCGGGGCCGAGGAGCUUGAGGAUGCCCCAGGGAGGAACGCGCCACCGGUGGAGGCCAGGCUGGUUCCUAGUUUCAGGGACUUUAGCCAUCCGUUGCCUCAGCCGUCUGCACACACGGGGCAGCAGUGCACCCAGACUCCCAAGAGGCCCUACCCCUGCCUGGAAUGCAACCGUUCUUUCAGCUACCCCUCCCUCCUAGCCAGCCACCAGCGGGUCCACUCGGGGGAGCGGCCCUUUCCCUGUGGCCAGUGUGGACGUUGCUUCCGCCAAAGAGGCAACCUGGCUGUCCACAUGCGCAUACAUACAGGGGAGAAGCCCUUCUCCUGCCCAGACUGCGGGAGGCUCUUUUUCUCCCAGAGGGCUCACCUCGUCCAGCACCAGCUGCUUCAUACAGGGGACAAGCCGUAUUCAUGUCCAGACUGCGGCCGCUGCUUCCGCCAGACUGGGGCGCUGGCCAUCCAUAGACACAGACAUGGUGGGGAGAAGCCGUACGUGUGUGCCGAGUGUGGACGCCACUUUACACACCCUUCCCUCUUGGCUAUCCACCAGCGCACCCACACUAGGAAGAAGCCCCAUAUCUGUUCUGACUGUGGUCGGGGCUUUGCCUACCCCUCCCUCCUGACCAAUCACCAACGGGUCCACUCUGGGGAGCGUCCCUACCCUUGUACCCACUGCAGUGCCCGCUUUGCCCAGCAAAAUAACCUGCUCCAGCAUCAGCUCAUUCACACAGGGGAAAAGCCCUACGCGUGCCCCGACUGUGGCCGCUGCUUCCGGCAAAGCGGCUCGCUGGCUAUCCACAGACGCACACAUACAGGGGAGAAGCCCUACUCCUGCCCCGAGUGUGGGCACCAGUUUACCUCUUCCUGCGUCCUCAACAGCCACAGAUGCAUCCAUUCUGUUGAGAGGCCCUUCCCUUGUUCCCAGUGUGGGAAAACCUUUAAACGAAAGAGUGCCCUGGAAGCCCACCGAUGGAUCCAUCGUACAGGCGGGACAAGUCAGAGGGGUGACAGACCUCUGUUACCACCCCCAGCCCAGGCUUGUGUCCCUGAGGGUCAGGAACCAUCCGUACACUUCCGACAUUUUCCCGAUAUGUUCCAGUAGUGCGAGUGUCUGAGUAAAGCAGUGUGAAGGAACAAAUGUUUUAAGGUUCUCCCUCAAGGGUUGGAAAGGAGGUGCGCAGAGGGCAAGGGAUAGGAGAGGGGAGAAAAAGGGAAUCAGGCGAAAUGGAGAUGGUGGGGGCUGAGCCACAUCUGGAAUCUAUGAGAGACCUGGGAGCUGAGAGGCAGGACAUCCGGAGUGAAGAACCUGUCAGGAAAAGCAUGAGACUCCUUCAGUCUGCUCCCAGCCCGGACUGCUGACCUCUGACCUUUCAGCUCCGGUUUCCCCUGACUCUAGAUCUCAGGAGAACAAACCUCCUUGGACCAGGAGCUGUAAUGUAAGAGGAGGAUCAUAGGCUUUGAACCAGUUUAUCCCAUGUUCAAUCUUGGCUCAUCCCUUGCGUCAUCAACAUCUGACUAUAAAAUGAGUACAUUAAUACUGCCCCUGAGGUGGUUGUAGGAUUAAAUAAUAUAUAUUCAGUCAAAACUGUCUAGUACAAUAUUUCUCACUUGUGUAUAUCCUUCCAAGCUUUGCACGUUACAGUAGUUUCUUGAAUAGAGGACAGCCUUACCUAAUCACCUCUGCUGAAAACAACAGCUUUUAAUGUGAA